CGUCGAUCGUCAAGGUGGACGGAUCGCUUUUGCUCUGUGGAGGUGGCACUCUCUCGGUCCUCGUGGCACUCUGAGGCACUGAUGUCACGUGGUAUCUUGACACAGUACUAGGUUAUAUAACGCUGCUGCAGGAGAUAUGGCGACAGUGAAGUGGCGUGAGCUGUGGUGCCAGUGCCAAGGGAACGCGAGCGCCGUGCCACACCAAGUCCUCAUCUCGCAACAGAUGACCCGCCUGCACCUCGAGGCCCAAAAGCACGUGCUGUGGUACGUGGGCGCCGUGCUGAUCAUGUACAUCCUCGGCCUCGUCCUGAUCAUCAGCAAGUCAGGUCGAUCAGAGAGACAGACGGCGACCUCGGCUCUCCUCUUCUGCUGCUCGAGUCUGGCGUCGCUGGUGGCUCGCCGACGACCCCGGAGGGAGCGAGGGACGAGGGCGGCGCAGGAGACGAGUGAGGACGAUGACGAGGGAUACCAGACGCCCUUUUCGAGCAAGCCGUCGCCGCGUCAGCCUCUCAUGGCCGUGAAGGAGAGAGACGAGGAGUCCUGUGCGGCCACCUAUGUGUAGCACAAUCUUCGUUUUUUUCUGUUUUUUUUUAAUAUCUACAUACUUUAAUUUUUUUUCUAUUUAUUUUUAUAUAUAUUUCUUACCUUUUUUUCU